AUGGAGUAUGGUGAUUGGGACCAAUCUUAUAAUGAAGUUCCCAGAUGGUUAUUAGCUGCCCAACAAACCAAUCCUGGGACAAUUUUUCAACUUUCCGGUCCUCCAGUUAAUAUUGAUGCUGAGGAUGGAAGUUCCACAUACAUUAUGGAAUGUUGCUUCUGGGCAUUUGGACCUUGCAUUGAAGGUUUUAAGUAUUGUAAACCUGUUGUUCAAGUGGAUGGAACCUUUUUAACAGGCAGAUAUCAUGCCACCUUGCUAACUGCAAUUGCUCAGGAUGGAAAUAGAAACAUAUUUCCUUUGGCAUUUGCAAUAGUAGAAGGUGAGACAAAGGAGGCAUUGAUUUGGUUUUUUCAACUACUGCGAGAGCAUGUAACUCCUCAGCCAAAUCUCUGCCUAAUUACUGAUAGAGGCAAGGGAAUUUUGUCAGCCCUACGAUCGGAAGAAGUUGACUGGGAAUCAGACAAUCUUCACUCUGUCUACUGCAUACGUCAUCUGGGUUCCAACUUCAACAACCGCUUUAAAAAUGCCGAUCUCAAGAAACAAUUCAUUAACUUGGCUUAUGAAGUCAAACAACCUAUCGUGCAAGCAAAACUUUCAGCUAUGAGGUCCCAAUUCCCACAAGCAGUAGCUUGGAUUGAUAAAAUCCCUUUACAUAAGUGGUCUCAGGCUUAUGAUGGGGGGCGCAGGUACAUGCACAUGACAACAAACUUGGCGGAGUGCAUGAACUUUGUGCUAAAGGGGGCUCGCUCAUUACCUAUCUGUGCACUUUUGAAAAUUACAUUUCAAAACAUAAAUGCUUGGUUUGUUGAACGCGGCUUAAAGGCAGACUCUAUGUUAAGAGCUGGACAUCAAUAUCCAAAAGAUGUCACAACCUUGCUCCAACAAAAUCAACAGAAAUCUGCAUAUUGUCAUGUUCAACGCUACGAUCGAGAUAAUUCAGAAUUCGAGGUGCAAGAGAUAUCGAGCCCCCAUUACUAUCGGCCAAAACCAAUCUCAUUCACUGUCAGAUUAAACGAUUGGUGGUGUGAUUGUGGUCACUUCCAAGCUAGUCGAUUACCCUGUCAGCACGUCAUAGCUGUUUGUUCUUUUGGUCACAUGCCACUUUCAAAUUUUAUCGAUCCAGUUUACACCCUUGAUAACAUAAAUAAGGCUUAUCAAGUCCAAUUCCACCCCCUGCGAAAUGAGGACUAUUGGUCAACAUAUACAGGUCCUAAUUUCAAUCCAGACCCCCAAACUAGGCGUAAGGCUUCCGGACGACCUCCAAGGACUAGGAUCCAUAACGAAAUGGAUUAA